AUGGACAAAAGGACAGAGACGAAAAGAGCGAGGGGCCAACGAGACUUCGAGAGAACUUGCAGUGACAAUGACGCACCAUGCCCCAAGACGAACGAUCACAAAAGACAGAAGCGAGACAAAGAUGGCAGAAAGCACGGACAAGAUGAACAGCAUCACGAUACCACCUUUAUCCCUCACGACAAGUAUCACAUCGGUUGGAUUUGUGCGCUGCCCGACGAGUUAGCCGCAGCUGAGGGCAUGUUGGACGACAUUCAUGAGCGUUGUUAUCAACCCCGCAGUGAUACCAACACCUACACUCUAGGUACGAUUGUCGAACACCAUGUUGUCCUGGCGUGCCUCCCUGCACAGAGUUAUGGGACAAACAACGCGGCGGUUGUGGCGACGAACAUGCGACGAACAUUUGCGUCGAUACACUUUUGGCUGCUGGUUGGUACUGGUGGCGGCGCCCCAGGGGAAGUUGACAUAAGGCUCGGUGAUGUUGUUGUCAGUACUAAAGUUCUUCAGAUUGACCUUGGAAAGAUUGUGAGGAAUGGUCAGUUGCACCGGGUCGGUCUUCCUCGCACACCGUCCCAGGGCCUCAUGACAGCCGUCACUGCAUUACAAGCAAAGCACAAAAUAUCCCCAAGCCAAAUAUCCAAAUACGUCGAUCAACUGAUGGAGCCCAAUCCGCGUAGUGCGAGAUUUGCCGAUCCCGGUGCCGAUUUGGAUCUGCUGUUUGACAGCAGCCACGAACAUAUAGCUAAUUUGACGGAGAACUGUAGUCUCUGCAACAAGUCAAGACUCUUACGGCGGGAAGCACGCAGCAAUAGAGGCCCAAUCGUCCACUACGGAACCAUAGCCUCUGCGAAUCAAGUUAUGAGGGACGCGAAAGCAAGGGAUCUAUUGACUAAGGAACUUGGGGAUUAUGCAGACUCGCAUAAAAAUGAUCAGUGGCAAUCCUACGCUGCCGCUACGGCGGCGGCAUACGCCAAAGAACUCCUUUCAACCAUACCGUUGACAGAGGAGUCGGAAGCAAAAGCCGAGGGAGCAAUGCAGAAAACACAACACACCACUGCACGUCGUUCUAGCAAUAACUCUUCAGGUGGACGUACAGCUCAACCUGCAUCGCAAAAAGUUCAUAGAAUCCGAGGUGUCAAAGCAGGCGAUGAUGCGAACCAGAUGAUUCUGUCAAAUGGCACCCCGUUACGUGUGGAGAAGGCAACUGUGCGUAACAGAGGGCUGCAGCUCUUUGGAGACGUAUCGUUGCAGGAUGCUCUCAAAUUCUUGGACAGGAGAAAUGUUGCUGCCAGCGAGGAGGCGGCAGAGGAAACCAUCACGAGCUCAGCCGGCGGUUCGGCGACCAUUUGA